UGACUGCAACUGUUGGAGGUUUUACAAUUCUAUUAUAAUUCCCACCCAGCUGGGGUUAUUAGCUAUGUUGUUGGACUCCACUGUGACCCAGAAUUAUUCUCCCCACAGUCACAGUGGGUAUGAAAGCUCCCCGAGUGUGUGUAAGAGCAAUGUACAGUACAUGCUUUGGAAUGAAGACACACAGGCUCCCUCUGCCUGUACAACACAGAGCAUUUAGCAUUUAGCAGCUCCGCACUUCCUCCCUCUCAGGGAAACUGUGUUGCUCACUAUCAAGAGCUGCUCUUACCCUGCUCUCUCUUUCUCACUCUCCCUCUCUCUCUGUCACAUCUCUCCAUCAUCCCUGCCUGAAAGUCUGACCCCCACUACUGAACAGCACUGCUGUCUUUGGAUUUGUCUGGGAGAAAUUGAGGUGCACCAAGCAGGAAAGAGACAGCACUCAAUCCACAAGCAACAGAGAAUCAGCUCUUCAGGCUCCAACUCCCCAGAAUGACGGAAGUAAUGAACACACGUGAUCCUGCGAUGGAAGAAUUUACAUUAAGUGCGUCGGCUGGCGCUGAAGGUCAUGCUGUUCAGAUUUUUCCAGAUACUCAUGAAAAGCACCCAAAGCUGACAAAACGAUUGCCUUCAAUAGUGGUAGAACCAACAGAAUGCGGAGAUGUGGAAAGUGGUGAACUUCGUUGGCCACCAGAGGAUCUGACACCUACUGAUGACAAAAGCCAGGUUCGAGAUCAAAGAGACUCAGAAGGUGCUGCACGUUCUGCUUAUGAAGAGGGGAGCUGCGCUGGAUGCCGAGCGAGCGGAGAUGAUAAUUAGAUCCCUUACAGUGAAAUAUCUUCAAGUAUCUGUUGGGUAGUUAGAACAUAUAAAGAACAGUUGGGACUCCACUGAACUACUCCUUUCGAUUUCCAAGAAUCUUGCAGGGGUCGUUUGGCAGAGUUUACUGUAGAUUUGCAUCUUGUCAGGACUGAAGCUUAAACCUGCUGCGUGUAGCCGGAGAUUCCAGCUAUUUUUAGGGAGCCAAAUGCUUGUAAAAUAUUAAUCAGUAAGGGGAUCUUUUGGAAGCUUUAGCUUGUGGCUACAUCUUACAUAUUUUUUCAGUCUGAAUUAAACACAAAUAACGGAUGUGAUUUUUGACAGCUUCCAAAACUUGAAUCUUGCCCACAUUUAUAUAGAAUAAAAGGGGUCUUUCCCUUAUAAAUUGCAUUUCAGAUAACAGAAUUAUUUUGUGAUUAAUCCUUUAGGAUAAGCAUCCUGGGUUACAUUGGCUGCAGUAUAACUACUACCCCCAGCAUUUAUGUGCUGGAUAAUCUGGGUGGAGCUGUAGUUGCUCAACAGCUGUAUUGACAUUUGUUGCCUAUUUUUUAUUUAGCCUCUCUCUUAGGCUUUAUUUUAAGCUUGGCUCAGAUUGUGCAUUGCUUCUUAACUGAUUGAGAACAGAAAUGCUAUUUAUUGCUAUCCUAAAAAAAAACGGAGGAAGUAUGCUUAUGAAAUAAUGCUCUCUGCAGCGAUACAGCGAUAUUCCUUUCCGAAAUGCAGUUCCCCAGCAUGCCUUUAUUAGCUGAGCUUAGCAAAGGAUGCUGGGAGUUCUGCAUCAAAUAUCACUGCCCUAGGAAAUGCCAUGUGACUUCCUUUAUUUUCUACUGUUUAGUAAGAUUAGCACUGUGAUGUCAUAUCAUGUGAUAUGUGUUGCACAACUUUUGGGUAAACGGAGUAAAAUGGGAGCUGGAGUAAAUCUGGUGCAAAGGGACUGGCCAUAAGAUAAAACUCCAAAAAUCACUCGACCAGAAUUACUCCAUGUCCCUUAUUUUUUUGUACAUUUAACCCUCUGUGUGCAGCAAUUUUCUACUGUUAUAUGAUAAACAAAUCUUAGAUCCACUGUUUUUACUUUGUUACAAACAAUACACAUAAAAAACAUGCAAAGAACGAGCACCCAAACAGCCAUUUCACCUAUGUACCGUAUAUAGUAUUUUUAAACACCUUGGAAAACAGAGACGUCGUAGAGUUUCUAAAGCAAUAGGUCGGCUGCUUCUGUUAGACGCUUUGUUCAGAUACGUUUGUGAAUAACAGGUUUAAAGGUUUUUGUCGUUGUGUUACCAUUUCUCAGCUUUUUUCAUGGUAAAGGUGGCUAUAGUCUGACUGACCUUAAAGGGAUACUGUCAUCGAAAAACAUG